CCAAGAGCCGCCCAUCCUUCCAUCCCUCCAAACUCACAGUCUGGAACAAACCUUUAGACUUCACCCAACCCAACCCAACUACACCCCCAAUCCCAAUUUUCAUCAACAGUUUCAAAAAAAAAUCGAGAUGGUCAAACCGCUCUCAAUAUUGCCCGUCUUUUCCGUCUUUCUUCCGCAGGUUCUUUCGCAUUCGUUUAUCAUCGCACUCGAUGGUGCAAACGGAGUGCAAUCUUCCGGCUUUGGUACUCGGCUUACCACACGGGGUCAAGUCCACCAAUACACCGGUAUCAUCACCGACAAGGAAAUCAAGGCUGGAACCGUAGGCCCAUGUGGUAAGAUUUUUGGCGGCGACAACUUUCCGCCGUUCGUGAUUGAUCCCCAUGCUGAAUUAGCCCGAGCCGAGGCCAACGGCGUUUCCACAGUCCAUAAGGAUGGCUCCAUUGUCAUGGGUGUCUUUGUCCACAACCCUGACGGCUCUGGACCAUUCAAAUGCGACUACUCCCCGGACGCCUCACUGUCCAAAUUCGAACCCAUGAACAUCACUGUUCAAAUCGAAGGUGUCGACGGUGUUAACCCAGCAGCCGAAAAUUACGUUUAUCCGUUAACCGCCGCCUUUUUCCCAAAUGCCACUUGCACUGGUGGAAAAGGCAAGGAUACCUGCAUUGUAAGAUGCCGUAAUCAACUUGGUUUUGGCUCGUGUGCCGCACUCAAAUUGGGUGAGGCAGCUAAGCGGGCCAAGCCCUCGCACCCCUCAAACUCAACCCAUGCUAACCACACGGCGGAAGGUGAGAAAGAAGGUCAUAAGACUGGCGCGAAUAACACGGCCGCCAAAAAUCAGUCCAACUCGGCACCUCUUCCUCCACCCCACGAGCCCAAACCAGUCAACCAAACCAACACUCCCCCAGUCGCCGAUCCUCCUGCUCCCAUCAACACGACGGUAGCCCCGCCUCCGCCAGCAGCCAGUCCUCCCAUAACGGCAGCCGUCGUCCAACCAGAGCCACCCCAGCCGGCCGUGAACCAGCCGGGAGCGCCUCAAUCGAGCCAAUUGACCGAUGGCCCCAACCCCGACGCGUUCAGAAUCUACAACUCUGGAGCACCGCCCCCGGAGCCGCCGGCCGUCGCACCCGCUAGCCCAGGAAACAACCCCAACGUAAUGUCAAGCUCUCCGCCGCCCCAUGAUCCCAAUUACAACGCCUUGACUGCUGAUAUCCCCUCGUCCCCUGCCGGGGUCGAGCGAAGAUCCCUGCCUAAAACUAAACGUCUCUUCCUCCACAAGAGGCCAAGAAGACAUUUUUAAAGUGCUCUCUCCUAGAAUUUCAACCACCACUAGGGGUCUGGU